GGAACAUGUUAACAGCUCCAAUCACAGAACUUAUAUUCUAUGAAGUCCAUUUGCCUGACCUCGUUACAAUCACUAAAAGAACAAUGAAAUUAACACAACCUUACAAUUACAUAUGGACACUAAUCAACAGAUUUUUUUCCCCCUUGGGCUGGAAUAUCAAGUAAUACGAAUCAAAGACUGAUAAACUGAGGUACAGAGCAAGUACUUUCCAGAGUUUAUAUGGUCUUGUCAUGUUUUUAUCUCCAUCUGUUUUACAUUUCCAAUUAUUCUAAAUUUUACUUGCAUAAAAAAGCAUAUUUUCUUCUCUUAAUUAAAAAUACUUUAUAGUACAACAAAUAUUCGGGUCCACUUAUGGAUCACAAAAUCACAGUUUGAUGCAAUAAUGCAUUGGUUUUUCAAAAAUAGUUUUCAAAAAGAUUAGUGCCGAUAAUAUUUAUUCAAUCAACAUAAAUUGGUUGGGAUAAAAGUAAAUUAAACAUCUAUAACUCGUGUAAUCUUAAUAAAAGUACAAUUAAAAAAUUCUCUGAUCUGACCGUUUCUGUUUUUCACUUUGAAUUUAACCGGAACCUUCGAGUCGGAGCCGCGGGAUCCGGGGGGAAAGAGAUUCUUGCUGCUCAACCUGACGGUUUGGUCACGUGGAGGAGUUUCCUCGAGUAGAGACCAUGGGCAAGAAGAAAAGCAGCAGUAUCGGCGGCGGCGGCCUGGGCCGAGCUAUCAUCAAAGAGAAGAACCAGUCUUCGGGGAGAUUGCGGAAAACUGACAGCUGGCUUCACACAAGUGAACUGAAUGAUGGCUAUAACUGGGGCCGGCUCAAUUUGCAAUCUGUAACAGAACAAAGCACUUUAGAUGAAUUCCUUGCAACUGCAGAACUGGCAGGCACAGAGUUUGUAGCUGAGAAACUGAAUGUCAAGAUUAUUUCUGCUGAGGACAGAACUGGUUUACUGACAACAGAGGAAAGCAAAAAGAUUAAAAAGAUUCAAGAAGAGAAUAAGCAGUUUCUUUCCAUUCCCAGAAGGCCUUAUUGGGAUGAGAACACAGCAGCUGAAGAACUGCAACAAUCAGAACGGGAAAACUUCCUGGAAUGGAGAAGACAGCUGGCUCGGUUGGAAGAAGAACGCAACUUGAUCCUGACACCAUUCGAAAGGAAUUUAGAGUUUUGGCGUCAACUAUGGAGAGUGAUUGAAAGAAGUGAUAUAGUUGUUCAGAUUGUUGAUGCUAGAAACCCACUGCUUUUCCGCUGUGAAGACUUGGAACGCUAUGUGAAGGAGGUCCAGAAAGAUAAAGACAACAUGAUCCUCCUAAAUAAAUCUGAUUUGCUGACAUGUGAACAACGGAAAGCUUGGGCAAGAUAUUUUGAUAAAGAAGGUAUCCAGAUUGUAUUCUGGUCAGCCACUGCAGAAGGGAAAAGACUGGAUGCUGAAGCAAAGGGAGAAGCACAAGAGAGACAAAGUGAAGUGAGUGAAAGAGAAGGUUCAAGAGGAUCAGUUACUCCGUUUGAUGCUCGAGAUGGCUUGUGGCCUGCUUAUGAUGCAGAUGAAGGUGACUCUAGUGAAUGUGAAGAUUAUGAAGAUGACUCUUGGCAAACCUGUUCAGGAGAAGAGAAUAAAAAUAUUAUCGACUCUGAUAUUGAGAACCCGACUGGUCCAAUUAACAUAAAUCCUACCUCCGCUGGCCAUUGUGAGCACUACUACAAGGGAAAUGACAAGCCUACAUGUAGUUCAAGCUCCAGUACAACAGCGUUUACGAAAAAAUGUGUCAAUAACCCAAGCCACCUGAUGCAGCGAAAUGAACUGUUGAAGAUUUUUAGAACUUUGCACGAAGGACAGCGUGUGAAAGAUGAUGAAAUAACAGUGGGCUUAGUAGGAUAUCCAAAUGUAGGCAAAAGUUCAACAAUCAAUACUAUUCUUCAAAAUAAGAAAGUUUCUGUGUCUGCAACUCCAGGCCAUACAAAACACUUUCAGACGUUAUACGUGGAGCCAGGUUUAUGCUUGUGUGACUGUCCAGGCCUAGUGAUGCCAUCCUUUGUUUCUACCAAAGCAGAAAUGGUUUGUAGUGGAAUUUUACCCAUAGACCAAAUGAGAGACCAUGUGCCACCUAUCUCUUUAGUUUGCCAGCAUAUUCCCAGGCAUGUUUUGGAAGCCACAUAUGGAAUUAAUAUUAUCCGGCCCAGAGAGGAUGAAGACCCAAAUAGACAACCUACUUAUGAGGAAUUAUUAACUGCCUAUGGGUAUAUGAGAGGUUUUAUGACUGCCCAUGGACAACCAGAUCAACCUAGAGCAGCUCGAUAUAUUUUAAAAGAUUAUGUUACAGGCAAGCUGUUGUACUGCCACUCUCCACCUGGCAUUGAUCCUACUCAUUUCCAAUUCCAGCAUGCUAAACUUGAAGAAUGUGGUGUUGUAUGUGAUGAGAAUGGUACAAAUUUCAAAAGGAAGCAGCAUAAUUUGAAAAGAAUUGAAAAUUAUGUGGACAAAAGCUUCUUUCAUCAGGAGAAUAUGCGUGCUUUGACAAAAGGAAUUCAGUCAGCAAUGGGCUUAAAAUAUGGCAUUAGCUCAACACCGAUGACUGGAGCCAGCAUGGAAAAUGUGGCAGGAAAACCAUGGAAAAAGCAUGGCAAUAGGCAUAAGAAAGAAAAAUUACGGAGAAUGUAUAAACAUCUGGAUGGGUGAACUUCACUUGUUAUUCUCAGGAGUUGGACACUUGACCUAAUUACUUAUUGCUCAGUUAUAAAUGUGUUUCAAUGUACGCUGAAAGAAAGAGUCAGCAACCUGAUAGAAUACACUGCAGUACUUGAACUAAUUUAGUAUAAUUCACUUGGAAUUUAUGCAGACUUUGUUACAGUAUGAGUUUUUAAUCUUUUCUAAAGAUGUGUGUGAUUCCAUUGUUGAAUUCUGCAGUAAAAGAAUAAAAUAAGUACAUGUAG